AUGAAUUAUCUAGUAAACAAAGUCGAGCGCAAACUUGGCUUAGAUUUAAAUCAUGAUGGACGAAUUGGCGGACCUGGCUUGACUGCUAAGCUUGAAAAAGCGACUCAUAUCGAUUUCAAUCGUGAUGGAAUCAUCGGAGGAUAUCGACCAUCGCGCAGUGGAGGCUUAAUUGGUAAAAUUGAAAAAGCAACACACAUUGACAUAAACCGAGAUGGAAUUAUCGGCGGUCAUCCGGGUUAUUAUUAUUAUCCUGCACCACAAUGUCACAAGAAGAAACAUUAA